AUGGGUUCUGAACGUUUAAGUCAUAUGUUUGCAGCCAAAGAUCCUGCAUAUAAAGACAGCUCCCUUUUGUCAAAGUUUGAAGCUGAAAAAUCUUCAUCUCAUCGUUCAAUAUUUCAUGCAAGUGGAACGCAUCCAGUGUUAGUAGGACAUUCUAAAAAGCUAUCGUCCUCAUUAUCAUCGAUAAAAAAAUUGAAAUCAAAACAAAGUUCAAAAGAUAAAAAAUUACUUAAACUUUAUAGUCGACAAUUAUCUCAUAUUGAAACAUCACUUGAUGCGAUUGAAUCAUUAACAAAAUCGAACAAUACUGAACACAUUAAAAUUCUCUUGUCAUUUAGAAAACAACUUAAUAAACUUAAUCAAGAUCUUGAAAAUCUACGUUAUUCGUCAUCAGAAGAAGACAAUCAUCCGUUUGAUCGAAUAAAAAUUGAAAUUGAACAAUUCAUAAACGAUUUAAAAUCCUAUAAAAUAAAUGAUGAUGAUACAGAUUCAAAAAAUUCUAUUGAUUAUAUAGUGAAUUUUCCUUUGGGUGUUUCCGAUUCUGAAAACGAUGAAGAAAUAAUUUCAAUGUCUUUUUAA